AUGACGAUGGACCAGCAGACAGGCCUCAUGUCCCUCAACAUGUCUCCUUUUGAUCUAAGUCCCGGUCCAGAAGGUUCUGGCUCUGGCAGUGGACCAUCAGGAGCCUCACAGCAAUACGUGCCCCAAGGGGCUGCAUACCAAUGCACAUCAGAUAACCAACCCUUCGCGUACGCUAACUUGGACGCUUCCUAUCUGUUUCCGACAGGUCCUGGUGGAGAAUCUGGAGCGUACUUACCCGCAGCUGGGACAGUGUGUGAUCAAACUGACACAAAAGAUGUGAUAGAAGAACUUUGUCCUGUUUGUGGUGACAAAGUUAGUGGAUACCAUUACGGUCUACUCACUUGUGAAUCUUGUAAGGGUUUCUUUAAGAGGACCGUACAGAAUAAGAAGGUUUACACAUGUGUAGCAGAACGUGCAUGUCAUAUUGAUAAAACCCAGAGGAAAAGGUGUCCCUUCUGCCGUUUCCAGAAAUGUCUGGAUGUUGGAAUGAAACUAGAAGCUGUGCGAGCAGAUCGUAUGCGUGGUGGCCGCAAUAAGUUUGGACCCAUGUACAAACGUGACCGUGCCCGCAAACUACAAAUGAUGAGACAAAGGCAGAUUGCAGUACAAACCCUUCGCGGCUCCCUCGGAGAUGGCGGGUUGGUGCUUGGAUUCAGUUCACCGUACACCUCGGUGCCUGUGAAACAGGAGAUACAGAUCCCACAAGUUUCUUCGCUGACGUCUUCUCCUGAGUCGUCACCAGGACCGGCACUUCUAGCAGCACAGCCACAGGUGCCUCAAGUACCGCCCCCUCCAGCCCAUGACAAGUGGGACGCUCAUUCACCACACUCCGCCUCACCGGACGCCUUUGCCUUCGACAACUCAGCCACAACGGCUGCCACGCCGUCCAGCACUGCAGAGGCCACCAGCACUGAAACGCUUCGGGUGUCACCCAUGAUACGAGAAUUCGUCCAGACUAUCGACGACAGAGAAUGGCAAAACUCUCUUUUUGGCCUCCUACAGAGCCAAACCUACAACCAAUGUGAAGUGGAUCUCUUCGAGCUAAUGUGCAAAGUCCUGGAUCAAAAUCUGUUCUCCCAAGUGGAUUGGGCGAGGAACACCGUGUUCUUUAAGUAUUUAAAGGUUGACGAUCAAAUGAAAUUGCUGCAACACUCGUGGUCGGAUAUGUUGGUGUUGGACCACCUUCACCAACGUAUGCAUAACGGGCUACCAGACGAAACCACACUUCACAACGGGCAGAAGUUUGAUCUCCUCUGCCUCGGUCUUCUGGGGGUGCCUUCACUGGCAGACCACUUCAACGAGCUCCAGAAUAAAUUAGCUGAGCUCAAAUUCGACGUACCUGAUUACAUCUGUGUGAAAUUCCUCCUGCUUUUAAACCCUGACGUGCGGGGUAUCGUAAACGUGAAAUGCGUCCGAGAUGGUUACCAGACAGUGCAGGCUGCACUUCUAGACUACACACUUACCUGCUAUCCCACGAUACAGGACAAAUUCGGCAAAUUAGUGAUGGUGGUGCCUGAAAUUCAUGCGCUCGCGGCGCGAGGCGAAGAGCACUUGUAUCAGCGACAUUGCGCAGGUCAGGCGCCUACACAGACUCUACUUAUGGAAAUGCUGCACGCUAAACGCAAGCCAAACGGUGGUGAUAUGGUUAACCGGAAUGCUGAGCACACGUCAACUCUAGACAGAUUGUGCGGUUUCCUGCCCAACGACACGAUUGAGCCGCAUGCUCCUAUAUAG